AUGAUGUCGGAUGGCAAAUGUGAUGACGUGAAUUUGUGUGUUGGUGGACGUUGUGUUGUCUGGCGCACCAAGGACAUUGGACACUGCCCGGAUGUGGCUGAAGCGUCCGUCAGGAUGAGGACCGCAGGACUAUACGCUUCGAUGAGCACGGAACUAGAAGGCUGGAUACUGCAUUAUGGAGAAGGCUGGCUCAAAAAAACGAAAAGACCCGAAAAAUCGGUAAUUGAAGAAGCAGUCAGUGAAGUUUUGGAGAAAGGUCAGUCCAUAAACAGAACUGCACUUGCCUUAAACAUAUCGAGGGCUUACUUAGCUAAAAUCGUUAAAAAAGUAAAGACGUCUGGCGAUUCAUCAUAUGAACACUGACCUAAUAUAGGGAACAGGCGUAUUUUCACAACAGAACAGGAGAAUAUGCUUGCAGAUUAUUUAAACACCGCAUCUAAAAUGUGCCAUGGCCUAACAAGACAUCAAGCAAAGAAGCUAGGAUUUGAUUAUGCCGUAGCCAAUGAUAUCUGUCCACCCAAAUGGAAAGAAGUUGAAACUGCGACUGAUGAUUGGCUCAAAGGGUUUAUGAGCAGACACAAAGACUUAACUCUGAGAAAACCUGAAAGCACUUCUCUAUCCUGUGCAACAAGUUUUAAUAAAGCUAAUGUAAGCACACUUUUUGAGAAAUUAAACACUGUUUUACAAAGAUACAAAUUUCCUCCUCAUAGGAUUUUUAACGCCGAUGAAACAGGCUGCAGCACCGUCACCAAUCCUCCUAAGGUCAUAGCUGAAAGGGGUUCGAAACAAAUUGGGCAAGUUACCUCAGCCGAACGAGGAACAUUGGUGACAACUCUGUUCUUUAUUAAUGCUGCUGGUGGUUUUCUGCCGCCCGUUUUUGUGUUUCCUAGAGUAAAUUAUAAAGAUAUUAUGCUAAAUAAUGGUCCGCCAGGAGCCCUAGGAUUGGCUCAAGUUUCUGGAUGGAUGACUGAAGACUGUUUUGUGAAAGCGGUUGAACACUUUGCAAUACAUGUCAGGCCUUCAAAAGAGAAUCCAGCAUUGAUAUUAAUGGAUAAUCACACCUCUCAUGUAAAUCUCAGAGUGGUUGAAUUUGUCAGACAAAACUCCAUCAUAAUAGUUACAUUCCCACCACACUGCAGUCAUAAACUGCAACCACUAGAUAUCACAGUAUAUGGGCCUUUCAAAACUAGGUACCCGCACUGCCAUGAAUGAAUGGAUGUUGACGAACCCUGGAAAAACAGUUACUAUUUAUCAAAUUGGGCAAUUUGUAAAAGAAGCAUAUUUGCCAGCUUUCAGUCCACAUAAUAUAACACAAGGAUUUUUGAAAACAGGAAUUUAUCCAUUAAAUUCUAAUAUAUUUAGUGAAGAAGCAUUUUUAUCUUCAUAUGUGACCGAUAGACUUGAUCCGCAGUCAAACGAUGGUUUGAACUUGUAUAAGGAAAGUAUGGAAAGAAACUUAGAAACAACACCUCCAUCUUCUACAAAAUCGUUUGAAGCUGGCGAAGAAAAUGAGCUUCUAAUAGAUCAGAAUAUCAGACUCUCUCAUUGUUCAACCUCCACCCCCACGGCUGCAAAUCCGAGUCAACGAAUUAUAUCACCGGAGAUGAUAAGACCAUUUUCUAAAGCGGGGCCAAGACAAACACGAAAACGAAAUAAUAGAAAAAUGUGAUCUGCUAUCGUAACCGACUCUCCCGAAGGAAAAAAAUAGAGGAGAAAGAGUAUAGUGCAAAGAAACCAAAAGUUACUGUUAAGAAAAUGACUACAAAAGACUCCACAAAAACGCUUAAAAAACAAAAUCAGAAAUAAAUAAAGAAAAUUCCGUUCUGCAAGAUGACUCUGAUUCGUCUGACUCUAUCGUAUUGGAUGAAUUAAAAACAAAGGGUGUUCGAAGCAAAAUAAACCCAAAGACAAAUAACAAUAGUGAUGAUUGUGUAGUUUGGAGCAAACCAUAUAAGACAGUGAUAAAGAUUGGUUUCAGUGCAAAAUUUGUUCUGGUUGGGCUCAUGAAUGCUGUGGUAUUAAGGGGAACCUUAAUUUCUUUUGCAAGACAUGUUUCUAAUUUGAAGAAUACGCAUUAUAUUCUGUUCUGAUAGAUUUAACGAUUUGUUUUUGAUAAAAGAUGUUGUUUGUUGUUUUAUUUAAUUUCAACACUGUUAUUGAUAAAACAUAAUCCGCC